AUGUUUGCCAAAUCUAUUGCCGCGGUGUCGGCACUGUCACUCCUUGCAUCGACUGCUACUGCCUUCGAUGCCGAUGUCAAGAACAAUGUUGCGGUCUACUACGGACAGGGUGCGGACCAACAACGUCUGAGCCACUUCUGUGAACAGACCAGCAUGGAUAUCAUCAACAUCGGUUUUAUUAAUGAGUACCCUCAGGCCGUCGGUGAUUUCCCUGGAUCCAACUUCGCCAACCAGUGCGAUGGAUUGUUCUUCUCUGGUUCUCACCUCUUGUCCGGUUGCCACCAGAUUUGGGAGGAUAUUCCCAAGUGCCAGGCUGCUGGCAAGAAGGUAUUCCUCUCCAUUGGUGGUGGCUCUGCCACUACACAGUCCCUUCCCAAUGAUGAAGUUGCCGAGUGGUUCGCCGACUUCCUCUGGUACUCUUUCGGUCCUUACGAUUCCAGCGUCUCCAGCCUUUCCUGGACCAUUUCCCUGCUUGCCGGUACCUACCCCCGUCCUUUCCAGACCGUCUCUGUCGAUGGAUUCGAUAUCGAUGUCGAGGCCAAUGGCGGCGUUGGUUGGGCUGCCUUUGUCAACCGUAUGCGUGAGCACUACGCUACUGCCUCGGACAAGACCUACUACAUCUCCGGCUCUCCCCAGUGCCCGAUCCCCGAUGCCCAGCUCAGCGACGCUAUCUCCAACUCUGUCUUUGAUUUCCUCUGGGUUCAAUUCUACAACAACCCAGCCUGCGCUGCCAUCAACUUCGCCAAUGGCAAUGCCGGCUUCAACUUCGACGAGUGGGUUGGUGUCAUCCAGCAGAGCGCCAACAAGAAGACCAAGCUCUACGUUGGUCUUCCCGCCUCCGAGACCGCUGCCAAUGCUGGCAACUACAUCACCCCUGACCAGGUUCAGCCCCUGGUUGAGACCUACAUGGAUGCCCACCCUGAUCAGUUCGGUGGUAUUAUGCUUUGGGAGGCCACUGCUGGUGACAACAAUGUCAUUGACGGCUUGACCUACACCGAACACAUGAAGGAGAUCUUGUAUGGUUGCGCGCCUCCUCCAGUCAUCUCUUCGACUGUGAGCCCGACCCCCAAGCCUACUUCUACCCCCGUUCAGUCUUCCACCGUCCCUCCUUCCAGCUCUGCUGCCCCUUCCAGCUCUGCUGCCCCUUCCAGCUCUGCUGCCCCCUCUAGCUCUGCUGCUCCCUCCAGCUCUGCUGCUCCCUCCAGCUCUGCUGCCCCCAGCUCCGUUGCUUCUUCCAGCUCCGUUGCCCCCUCUAGCUCUGCUGCUCCCUCCAGCUCUGCUGCUCCCUCCAGCUCUGCUGCUCCCUCCAGCUCUGCUGCUCCUUCCAGCUCUGCUGCCCCCUCCAGCUCUGCUACCCCCUCUAGCUCCGUUGCUUCUUCCAGCUCUGCUGCCCCCAGCUCCGUUGCUCCCUCCAGCUCCGCUGCCCCCAGCUCCGUUGCUUCUUCCAGCUCCGUUGCUCCCUCCAGCUCCGCUGCCCCCAGCUCCGUUGCUUCUUCCAGCUCCGUUGCUCCCUCCAGCUCCGCUACCCCCUCUAGCUCUGCUGUCCCCUCCAGCUCUGCUGCUCCCAGCUCCGUUGCUUCUUCCAGCUCCGCUGUCCCCUCUAGCUCCGCUGCCUCAUCUAGCUCUAUUGCUUCUCCCCAUUCUAGCACCCCUGCUACCACCGGCAAGCCGUCCACUUCUGUCGCUGUAACCCCCUCCGGAACCCACUCCGUUUCCAGCUCCGCGGCUCCCUCCGAGACCCCUUGCGAGUCAAACACUGCUACCUCCGACCAGUCAUCUUCCUCUGCUUCCCCUAGCAGCUCCAUCGCUCAGUCCUCCACCGGACGUCCCGCUCCCCGACCUUCCACCACCGGCAAGCCUGCCCCCAGCUCUACUCCCCUGACCACUAGCCCGUCCGCAGUUCAGCCCACCGGUGCUCAGACUACUGGUGCCCAGUCCAGCGGUGCUCAGUCCAGCGGUGCUCAGACUACUGGUGCCCAGUCCAGCGGUGCUCAGUCCAGCGGUGCUCAGACUACUGGUGCCCAGUCCAGCGGUGCUCAGUCCAGCGGUGCUCAGUCCAGCGGUGCUCAGUCCAGCGGUGCUCAGUCCAGCGGUGCUCAGACUACUGGUGCCCAGUCCAGCGGUGCUCAGUCCAGCGGUGCUCAGACUACUGGUGCCCAGUCCAGCGGUGCUCAGCCCACCGGCGGUAACUCAGUCACUGUCUCAUCUGGUAUCACUCUUACUGCUGCCCCCUCCGUAACCGCCUCACCUUCCUCAUUGGCCCCUGGUACCAUCACCACUAUCAUUGUCACAUCCUACACUGAUAUCUGUCCUACCGGUUUCACUACAAUCACCACCACCAUCACCACUACCUGGUGCCCCGGUAACUCUCCCGCCACUGCUACCGCUACUGGCACUGCUCAGAUUACCGCGCCCACUGGAACCGCCGAAGUGACCGCCCCUACCUCUGGCCCGGCCACUUCCACAGUUGACAUCCCCGAGGGCUGGACCACCACUGUGACUGUCUGCACUCACUGUGCUGCUACCCCCACCACCGUGACCCUCACCAAGCCCGCUGCCACUGCCCCGGUCACCACCGAGGCCGUGUCGCAGACCACCGCUCCUGCGGUCCCUGAGGGUUACACAACUACUGUCACUUUCUGCCCUAAGUGUGGUCCAUCUGGUAGCACUGUUACUGCCACUGUCCCCAUCUCCACUGCUACUGCCCCCGCCCCUGGUGCUGGCUCUGGCUCUGGCUCUGGCUCCAACCCCGGCUCCAACCCCGGCUCUGGCUCUGGAUCUUCCGGUCACGGUUCCGGCUCUGGCUCCGGUAAGCCCCAGGUGACGGUGACCGGCGUUGCCCCCGUUGCUCCUUCGUCCUCCAGUGUCACCAUUGGCAGUGGAAUCGGAGGCUUCCGUCCCGGUCGCCCAUCCUCCACCCUGGCUGUCCGCCCCUCCACCUCGGCCUCCGCUGCUCACACAGUUGCCACCACCGGCGCCACUGCUGCCACCAACAGCCCUGUUGCUCCCAGCAGCACCGACGAAGGUGUCUCUCCCGUCUACACCGGUGCUGCCUCAAAGGCUGUUACCGGUGUUUUCGGUGGCAUCUUCGCCAUCGCUCUCUCCAUGUUCAUGAUUCUCUGA